AUGACCAAAACACAGCGAAGGGCGGCCACAAGCUCGGAAGACUCUUUCAGUAGACACUAUGCGGGGAUAUGGGGCGAGGAACGAUGGCAAAAUUCGCUGCUGCCGGCGCUGCAGAAGCCGACGCGAUACUCCUGCAUGCUGAAUCGAUAUGCAUCGCUUGAAAUUGCCAAGCAGGCUGUGAGCAGUGCGGACGUCGAGCUCAGACCACUCCCUUUGCCUCCAAUUGAGUCGAUCAAAGACGAUCAAGACCUCUCACGAAACUGCUUCGUAAAGUACACAAAGGUGACUGCAGACUCGCCGACGGCAGUCCCUUCCAGUGAGCCUUUCCCAGCUCCGCAUCCUUCACGAGACCACCUUCAGACGCACUGGAAUUUGGAUGCUGCCUCUCUGCUUGUGGCCCACUUGCUCAACGUUCAACAUGGCGACAAUGUUCUGGACCUUUGCGCUGCUCCCGGAGGCAAGUCUAUAGCACUUUCCCAGAAGAUCUGGCAACACCUGCAUGCCGACGACAGCCCAGCCAAACAGAGAGUCGUGCAGCAGCGUCCGCUGAAGAUUGGAAGUUUACAUUCGAACGAAGCAGAUGGGCCGAGACAACGACGGCUGGCCGCCAACCUUCAUGGAUACUUACCGAGAACUCUCUUCGAUGGUCGGAAUGUCACCGCUCUCCGCGUGGAUGGCACGAACUCGAAAGCAGAGUACGAGCUUCGUGUUCACACUCCUUCAGGCACGGUAGGCUACGAUAAGGUGCUCGUUGACGCUCCAUGCUCAUCCGAGCGGCAUAUCAUUCAAGCUCAUAUCAAAGCCAAAGCUGGUGGCAGACUCGCCGAUGAGAUGGUGAACUGGCGUCCUGGCUCUUCGAAGCGACUUGCUGAGACUCAGUUGAAGUUGCUCAUGGCUGGCCUAAAAGCAGUCAGGCUUGGUGGUACGGUCAUGUAUGCCACUUGCUCCAUCGAGCCAACUGAGAAUGACGGUGUCAUUGAGAAGAUGCUGUCGCAAGUAGAGAAGGAACGGAAGAAGGACGAAGUGUUGGAAGCACAACUGAUCCGAGACUGGGCCGAGAAGAGCAAGCAUGGCUGGAUUGUGCUGCCCGACCAUUCUAGUGGCGGCAACUGGGGACCACUGUUCUUCGCAGUUCUGAACAAAGUGCCAAGCUGA